AGCGUGCGGAUGUCAUAACGCUUUCAUGACCUUUUUAUCGAGUAAAAUAAUUCCAAAUAUUUCGUUCUUCUUGCAUAUAUUUGAUGCAAUCUUGACACAUCUGACUUUGGAUUGCUCGGAUUCGGUGUCUGAUCAUUUUUGAAUUUUAUUCUAAAUAAGUGAUUCAGUGAACUAUAAUGAAAUGAAGUCUCUCUCUCUCUCAAGUGGACAUUCAUAUGGGAUGUCCAGGAAAGGAUAUGUAAGCAUUCAUGCGGCACAAAGGAGAUAUGAAAGUUUAUAAGUUUCUGUGGUUGGUGUUUCUAUUUCUUUUACUACACACUAGUCUGACGUGAAUAUAUAUUAUAUCUGCUGUUUAAGGUCUACUAUAUUGGAAAGGGCACUUGGGAGAGAGUGAGUGAGAGGUGCGGGUUCGUAAAACAGCAUUAAGUUCUGCGAGCUUGAAUCCUCUCUCGUUAUCAUUAAUUUGUUUCCGUGCCUCAGGAUUGGAUUUUUAAUGUUCCUAUUGUCACAUCUGGAAACUAUUGGGAUAGUGGAAGGUUUUUGACAUAUUAAAUUAGAUUGGAGCUGGUAUUAAUGGGUGGUGUUUGUUGCUGUUUGCGAGAUGAAUGCGAAAAUUUAACUAAUCCGAACAGCUCACUUUGUCGGAACUGUAUAUGCCUCCGUUGCUUUGUUCAUAACUUCUUGGCUGUGUAUACAUCAUUGUUUCGCAGAGAAGAAGAACAUGGCAUUGCGUCUUCCACUCAGGGGACAGCAUCUUUGAAUUUGGCUUCAUCACUUGAUAACUCUCUAGAUGAUAUGUACUUCUCACCUCCAAGGCCUCUGCCUUAUGAUGCAGAUCCAAGAUAUUUCGGCUUGCAGCGCGAUGGACUGGUCUCAAGGAGGGAGAAAGGCUCAAGUCAUUCGCACGAAGAGACUGAACCAUUGAGAAGAAGUGAAGUUGAUGAAGAGUCUAUAUCUUUGAAGAACACAAAAAAAUGGAAUGAAGAAGGAUCUAAGGAGUACAAUUCAAAAUAUUCACUGAAGCUCUCAACAGCUAAACCGAAGACAGGUUUUGAUCAUGUUUAUACUUCUUCAGAAGAUGAAGAUGUCUGCCCCACAUGUCUUGAAGAGUAUACUACAGAAAACCCAAAGAUUAUGACAAAAUGUUCUCACCAUUUCCACCUUGGUUGUAUAUAUGAGUGGAUGGAAAGAAGUGAUAACUGUCCAGUUUGUGGCAAGGUGAUGGCAUUUGAUGAGACGCCUUGAUCUUCUCUCUCCCCAGCCUUUUACUUGUGGGUGAAAAAACAACAAACAGCAAGAGAAAUAACAAAUCGGAAUCUGGAAGUUUAAAGUCACUGUGAAUACUCCAUGUUAAAAGUGCCUUGUAUAGUGAUAUUGUCCAGCAUAACCAUGUCUGAAUACGUUUUAUUUUUUCUUUCCAACUGCUUUCUUUUUGUGUAAUUAUUGUAUAUCUUACAAGGAAAGAGUUUUUAGCCCAAGUUUAACCAGCUGGAUGGUUACAUCCAUUGUAUUGACAACUUAUUUUGCGAACUGUAAAAAAUUGUACUAAAUUAGCUUGUGAUGAGGUGGGAAAUUGUAGUUAUAUAUCUUUCA